GGUAUUAUCCUAAUUAUACUAUUUCACCUGAUGUAUUUGCUCUUGAUGUGAGUAGUAAUGAUAACUAUAAAUGGGUAACGGCUUAUGAUCCUGUUAAUUCAAUUACUCCUAUACCAACUCCAACUGUCAGUCCGACACCGAGUUCAAAAUCAACAACUUCAAAUACUAAUUUUGGUGUUAAUAUUGGUGCUAUUAUCGGAGGUGUAAUCGGUGGAAUCGCAGGACUAAUAUUAUUAUCAUGUACUGCAAUAAUUGUCAUUCUUAUAGUUAAGAAAAAAUAUUUAGAUAAGGAUAAUAUUGCCAUUUCAGAAAAUGGAAUUGCAAAUACUCAACCUAUAACAUAG